AUUGUACUGUACACUGCUGCCAUCUCCAUCAACCUCAUCCUGGGUCUCCCCACCAAUGUCUACGUCUUGUGGCUGAUAGUGACCGGAGCGGGAGGGACGAUGGCUUCAGACUUCUUCUCUCUCAACCUGUCUGUGUCUGAGAUCCUCUACAUUCUGUCCAAUCUGAUGUUUAUUUGUUGUAUCUGUGUGGAGCGCUACCUGGCGGUGGUCCACCCUGUAACCUUCCUGAAGUACAAACCCCUGAGAUACAGGAUUGUACUGUACACUGCUGCCAUCUCCAUCAACCUCAUCCUGGGUCUCCCCACCAAUGUCUACGUCGUGUGGCUGAUAGUGACCGGAGCAGGAGGGACGAUGGCUUCAGACUUCUUCUCUCUCAACCUGUCUGUGUCUGAGAUCCUCUACAGCCUGUCCAAUCUGAUGUUUAUUGUUCAUUAUAACAUCCAAGAGAAUGUUGCUUUAUGGAGCGUUGGGACAUUCUUUGCCGGUUUCAACCUCUUUGGUCGUCCUCUGUUCCAGUGUUGUAUCUGUGUGGAGCGCUACCUGGCGGUGGUCCACCCUGUAACCUUCCUGAAGUACAAACCCCUGAGAUACAGGGUGGGGUGUUGUGGUGUUGUCUGGCUGAUGGUGCUUGGAUCCUGCUUUGUAAAUAUGUUUGUUAAUAACCAAUCUGCAUGGUGGAAGUUCUUUGGUUUGAUUUUUAACCUGCUUUCUCUUUCUGCGAUGUUGUUCUGCUGCCUGGCUGUUCUCUGGGCUCUGAAACGUCCUGGUCCGGGAGAAGGAGAGAGACAGGGGGAAGGAAUGAACAACAUGAAGCUGAGGGCCUUCAGGAUCAUUUCAAUGAUCACGGUGUCUAUGAUUGUCAACUACUUCCCACUGGUUCUUCUCCUA